AUGCGCUGGCUCGUGUGGCUCAGUCUGUUCCUGCUCCCCAUCGCUACUUCGAAGGUUACUCAACAGGAGGCGAAACCAACAUUCUGGCAUUCGGAUCAUGUGUACGGUCACAUCGCUGAGUUCUUCUGGUGCCGAACAAAGAAAAAGGCCGAGGAAGCAGGCGAGCUUCUUGGUCCAGUUCGACAGGCUCUUUUUGAACAAAUUUUCCGCGCUCCAUUGACAAUCGCCUGCCGGACAACGCGUGGGAAAAUCGUGUACUCCACACGGAGAGAUAAUUGUCUGGCAGGCAGUGCGCUCAAUGAGAUGCUGCGAGCGGAGAACCGAGGUGAAAAUUCGCAGGUCAUCGUCGAGAUGGUUGUUCUGCAAGAGGAGGAGAAGUACAGAGACUGGGACCCGAUUUGGAUUCGAAAGAAAGAGCCGUAUGGCUUCUCGCGUAUUCGAAUUUUCAUCAACGAGCCGUCGGACAGCGAGGUCAGCAAAUUCUGCAAAACCUGGCCAUAUCCGACGACUGGUUUCCCGACUUUGGUGGCAAUUAGCGAAUUCUUCUAUGCUCCCGUGUUGGUUUGCCAAUUUGGAGUUCCAACGUGCGAUCUUGGCAAGAUGCUCCUUAUCAUUUGGAUCAUUGUUACUUUUGCCAUUGCUUUCUGCGUCAUGACUUGCUCACUGUGGAACUCUGAAAUUCUGGUACUGAAAAAAACGGAAGAUUCAAGGCAGUUUGGAAUGCAAAACUUGGCUCGCGAGAACGUUCAUGAAGGCCUUGCGGACGGAACUCAGGUCACUACAACCGUAUUCAGAGGCCCACGAGAAAAUGAGGGAAGAGUCGUGCUCAAUCGCGGCUGCAAGCCAAUCGUUCGCUGAAACUAGUACUUAUCAAUUUGUGUGUAUUUAUAUUUAUGUAUGUGUUAUUUCUCUCUCUCUCUCUCACUCACCUUCUUAUCAGUUUGCGUGUGUACUAUUACUAUUAUAUUGUGUUCACUUCUUAUUCAUAUGAAACUUUUCCAAGUUCUUCUCAGUUGUACUAUUAUUCUACAAUUCUCAACUCUAGAGUACUCCCGCUUUGGAAAAGUUAUUGAAGUUCAU